UAAGUUCCACAGGUUGUUUUGCAUCUAAAGAAGCGUCCACUGUGGAAAGUCAUGCCUGUGUGGUACAGGAGACACCAAGGUACCCCGGGAGCUCCUCCUUGUCCCCUCCCGCCAGGGCAGGGCCUCAUGUGGACAUGUCACCGCCUAGCAGAUGGCUUUACACCUCAAUCCUAUUAACAACUUUCUGCUGAUGGAGGCCUGUGGUGUAGCAGCUCCUCUAAGCCCCAGUGAACAAGCCCCAGUAUCUCACCUUCACACACAAGCCUGAGGCUCGCUCGCUGGUCAGGAUGUCUACGGAGAAGAAACCAAAGAAGAAGAAGGCGGAGUCUGUCCCGGCCCAGACAAACGGCACGGACGCCAAGCCGAAGAAGACCAAGAGCAAGAAGAAUGAGGACCUCUCAGGAGACGAGAGUCCUGCCGUUCAGAAUGGCAAGAAGGUAAAGAAAAAGAAACCAGAGAAGGAGAAAGAGGAGGCAGAAAAAGAGAAGCCAGAACCAAAGAAGAAGACAAAGAGCGCUCCAAAGAAGAAGAAAAGUUCGGACACAGACGACGAUGAGGAUGAUGAGGAAGACACACCACAGAAGAAGACAAAAAAAAAGGCCUCAAAGGAGAACGACAGCAAGGAGAAAGAGAAGAAGUCCAAAUCUAAAGAUGACAAGGACUCUGAAGGAAAGAGCAAAUCCAAGACUAAGAAGGAGCCGGCGGCCAUGUUCCAGAUAAAUGGAGAUUCAAAGAAAGACUCCAAGACCAAAAAAAAAGCAGCUAAAUCGGAGAGCGAUGACAGUGAACCUGAAACAAAGCCGAGCAAAACCAAGAAGAAGACCGACUCCAACCCUGCCUCCAUGUUCCAGGCCGGAGGAGACAAGGACAAGGGCAAGGACAAGGACAAGGGCAAGGACAAGGACAAGGACAAGAAGACCAAGAAGAAAGCCAAAGCAGAGGAGAGCGAUGACUCUGACUCGGAAGUGACGCAGAAGAAGAAGAAGGGUAAAGGGAAGAAAGGCAAAAAGGAAGAGAGACCUCCCUCUCCGGAUAUCGAGUUUGACAACCUGGAGGAGUUUGUUCUCCAACCUGCCCAGCAGGGGGUGACCGUCAAAUGCAGGGUGACCCGGGACAAGAGAGGCAUGGACAAGGGCCUGUACCCCACAUACUACCUCCACCUGGACAACGACAAGAAGGUCUUCCUCCUGGCUGGAAGGAAAAGGAAAAAAAGCACCACAUCCAACUAUGUCAUCUCCAUAGACCCCACGGACCUGUCAAGAGGCGGAGAAAACUUCAUUGGAAAGUUGAGGUCUAACCUCAUGGGGACCAAGUUCACAGUGUUUGACAACGCCCUGAACCCAGACCGAGCUCUGCCAGACAUGUCCAACGCUCGCCAGGAACUCGCCGCCAUCAUUUAUGAGACCAACGUCCUGGGGAUGAAGGGACCGAGGAGGAUGACGGUGGUGAUUCCAGGGAUGAACAAGGACAGCGAGAGAGUCCCCAUCCGACCCCGAACCGACAACGAUGGGCUGCUGAACCGGCACCAGAACCGGAACCUGGAGAACCUCAUCGAGCUGCGGAACAAGACUCCAGUCUGGAACGAGGAGACGUCGUCCCACGUGCUGAACUUCAACGGCAGAGUCACCCAGGCCUCCAUCAAGAACUUCCAGAUCGUCCACAGCAAAGAUGUGGACUACAUCGUGAUGCAGUUUGGUCGCGUUGCCGACGACGUCUUCACACUGGACUACAGCUACCCCAUGUGUGCUAUUCAGGCCUUCGCCAUCGCUCUAUCCAGCUUCGAUGGGAAGAUAGCCUGUGAGUAAACAGGAAGUCUCCGUCCCCGGUGCCCCCCCCCUGCCCCCGCGCUGACACGGCACCGCUACUUCCUGGUCGACCAAACGUCCGGCCCGACCAGCCUUCACAGUCCUCAGACGGCGAGGUGAGGUGGCGGGACUGAGGGCAGCCACAGUGGAAGUGAUGGAUGGACAGGGGAGCUGGCAGGGGGGUGUGGAGACCUGCGAUGUGAAGCACCUGGCGCAGGGAGGGGUCUGUGCUGGCGUGUGUGUGUGUGUGUCCAGACUGACGAUGACCCUAUGACCUCUGCUGCUACACGAGAGGCCGUCUCUCUCCGCGGGCGAGUGUGGCUGUUGUGUGUGGUGUGAUUGUAGAAACAGGAAGUGGACGCUGAAACAGGAAGUUGAUGCUGAACGAGGUUCGUCUUGGGAAUUUCAAUGAUGAGGUUAGAGUUGUUUCCCAUCGCGGGCACUUUCUCUGGGAGGAGGAAGACACAACGAAGACUUCAUGAACCAUCGUCAGGGUCAGAGGAUUGUUUGUCAGCUGCCCGCACUGGAGCAGGCUGAGAUGCAUGAGAGCGUAACUGGCUAUUAACAAUCAUUAAGUUGUGUAUGAAAUGUGCCCUCAUUCAUUGCAAUGAAAGUCCAAUAUCACUAUUAGUUUCAAUAAGUCUAUACUGUAGGUUAAUCAAUGGUAAUACCGCAUGAAAAUAGUAGAACAUGUAUAUUUCAAUAUGAACGUCAUUUAUGAUUUAGGUGUGAUGUUUUUAUAUAUAACAAUGCAUCCCAACUGACUAUCAGUUUUAUUACUUUAUACCUGAAGGAGUUUUAAUUCCAUACUGUCCCCCCUGAAGCUGUUGGAUGUUUCACAGCUCAGUCCUAACUGUUGCACUGACUGCAGUUGCAAAUCUGCAGCUCUUAACUUUUGAACCUUUCAUUGGGAUGUUUUGUCACUCAGGUAAAUCUGCCUUGGCUGAACGUGGCUCUCUUGGGCAAUCUGGAGUUUGAUUGAGGCAAGGGAGAAAACUUAACUGAGAUAAUUGACACCCAUUGCUACUAUACUCCAACACUUUUACCUUAAGGUUGCCUUUACAAAGUAAUAAUAAAGCAUUUUAUUAGAAGGAUUAUUGUUAUAUCUUAGAGUUGAGGACCUGUGCUUACAUAAUAUGUAUAGUUUUAGUUUUGUUAUAAACAGCCUUUACA